AUGGUCCUGCCUGAGGCUCUUGAAGAGAAAUUAAAGGAUGCCACGGACAGACCAGUGCCGCUAUCACCGAAUAGAGUGCGGUUCUCUAACUCUUGUGAAGCUCUCUAUGAGGAGAAUGCAAAUGAGCUUGAAGCUGAAAGGGAAUACCUCGAAGAGCACAAGAAAAUUGAAGAAAAAGAAGAAAAGGAAGAGGAAGAUAAAGAAGCUUCCAUGAGAGAUGUAAACCUAAACGAUGAAAAACCCGUAAACUAUCACCUCGAAAUGCCCCCAAAUGGUGAACCCAAUGGGAAAGACAAAAAGCGGAAAUGUUCAUCGGAAGAUGUCCUUUGCCACAUUGAAAUGCUUGAAAAUCGUAAGGAAAAAUCCGGAAGCGACAAUUCUCGAUUUGGCAGAAUUAGAGCGCUUUAUGGCUUCGCCGAUCGUAUUGACUAUCAGCUGAUGUUUGUCGCAAUAUUCUGCGUGCUAAUCCAGUCGAUACUUCCACCAUUCGUAUGGUUGCUGAUCGGCAAAUUCGUGAACGCGCAGAUGAUGAUUGAGGUCCAAGAAGUUCGAAAUCAAACAGCACCCGAAGAUGUUCCCAAUAUUUCGACCACCAUGCCACCGGAUCCAAAACUAUCCAUAAUCCCUGCAAAUGAAGCAAACAGUGAGGUGCUAUUCCUCGUUGCCCUUGGCCUUGCCGUCAGCCUCUUCUUCGUCGCCUUUUUCCAGCGCCUCGCUUGGGAGUUCUCAGCCAUCCGCCAAGUAUUCCGCGUGAAAAAGGCGUACAUUAUGAAGUUGUUGAACAUGGAUGUAUCCUGGCUUGAAUCCAGGCAAUCCGGCCAAGUAGCAUCGAUGUUGCAUGACAAUGCUGAUAACAUCUACAACGGAAUCGCCGACAACAUGCCGCAAAUCAUGUUCACAUUUGCAUUCGUCAUUUGCACACUGUCGGUGUGUUUCUGGAUCCAAUGGGACGUCACUUUGGUUAUUAUUGCCGCAGUUCCCCUGCUUGUUAUUGUCCGAAUUAUCUUCAGCAAGUGGUUCUGCAAAAAUGUCGAUGAAGAAAAUAAUCUUCAUAACAAGAUGACCAACUUGGUCAACGAGACCUUUGCCUGUAUCCGAACUGUCAUCAGCUUUGCAGCACAAAAACAAACCAUUUUUAAAUUUGAGCGGCUAACACAAGAACACAAUAACUUGGUAGAACAACGGUUACGAACUUCAUCAGUUUUUGAUUCUCUCGCUCAAGUACUAGUGACAGAACUGAUGUUCACAAUCGCCCUCGCCUACGGCAUGUACCGAGUCGGAUCUACUCAAGCCGGACUUCUCAGUUCGCUAGCCAUCAACAUGCUUUAUGUUUGUGUGACUUCAAUCACGAUUGGCUUCCAUCUGAACGGCGCCAGCCAAGCCAAGAAAAACGCCGUUGAACUGCGCGAAAUCCUACAAGAGGAGCCAUUGAUCGAAAAGGAAAAAACAAUCUCCCUACGUGGACCCUCCGUGAUGUUGCAACAGAAAUGGAAAAGGGACAACAGGAAGGGGAAGAUCGAGUUCCGUGAACUUCGAUUUACCUAUCCGAGUCGGCCAGACAUUGAGGUGCUAAAGGGUCUGACAUUCACUGUGAAUCCUGGAGAGCAUGUUGCCAUUGUGGGGCCAAGUGGGUCUGGAAAGAGUACUUUGACUGCUUUGCUGCUCAGGUUUUAUGAUCCGACUGAUGGAGAGAUCCGAGUCGAUGGGAAAAACUUGCGAUUUGUGAAUCCGUUUGCGUUGAGGGCUGAGUGUUCGCUGGUCAGUCAAGAGCCGGUGUUAUUCGAUGGAACCAUUUCGGAUAAUAUUCGUUAUGGAAGGCUCGAUGCCACACAGGCCGAGAUCAACGAAGCUGCCCGGAAGGUAGGCGCCUGGAGCUUCAUCGCAGCUCUCCCCGAAGGAAUGCAAACUCGUGUCGGGGAUCGUGGAGUGCAACUUUCUGGAGGCCAAAAACAACGCGUAGCCAUCGCCCGAGCUGUCCUCAGAGACCCAACCGUACUCAUUUUUGAUGAAGCCACUUCCGCCCUCGAUAACAAACACGAAGAAGAGGUCCAAGCCUCCAUUGAAGCCGCUUCAGUCGGGAUUAGCAGUAUCACCAUUGCUCAUAGACUGACCACCAUCCGUAAUGCCGACAGAAUCAUCGUGCUGGAUGGAGGUAGAAUUGUUGAAGAGGGAUCUCCAGAUGAUCUCCUGGCAAAUCAAGAUGGAAUCUUUUCGAAGAUGUACAACGAACAACGCCUUGACCAAAUCGCCGCAGAGCUUCCACCCCAAAAACCAGCCGACCUGAAACAUCAAAAAUUUUCGUUCACGCCGGCUGAUCUAAAAAUGGACAGCAUGUAUGAUCCAGAGACGAGAAGGAGAGCCUGGGCCCGAUCUUCCCUAGGUGCGCACAAGAAGCUGGGAAAAUCCUACUCGGUUCACUCAAGGCAAAAGGAAAAGCUUGCCCAAUCCAUCAUGAGCCGUAAAAAAACCACCCGUUUCUCCCAAUACUCCAUGAACAACAAUUUCAUCGACGCCGACAUUGAUGAUGAAGGCCACGAUCUAAGCGAAGAGAGGCCACUCUCUACUAACAAUGACGAUUGGGUGGAUACUGACUCAAUAUCAUCUGCUACGUCAUCUACCUCUGCGUCGAGCGUGCUCAGCUUUUUCGAUUUGAUGGCGUUGCCCGGAAAAGCCUCAAAUCUGAAUGCGGUUUGGACAUUGAUCAAGAGCUAUCGUGCUGGUUGGAAGUACCUUAUUGCCGCUAUCCCAAUCACAGCUAUCAGAGCAUUCUUUUAUCUUCUGAUCUGCUUCGAGCUGCCGAAAUUUUUGGAGCUUGCCGUUAUCCCAGAGGAAAAACGAUCCCAGGCCAUUUUCAUCACAGCCGCCAUCUUCAUCGCGCUAAUUAUUGUCAAGACAAUGUUUGACGCCAUGGGGCGCCUCUUCAUCGCUCUCUACGGACAUGGCUUUUGCAAAUACAUGAGAAGUGAAAUGUUCCGGUCACUACUGCGACACGGAGCGGCGUAUUUCGACGAAGAAAAGAAUUCACCUGGGCGACUUGUUCACAAAGUCAUUAAUGACACGAAUACUUUGGAUAAGAUUGUCGGUCAAAAACUGGACAUGCUAAUUCCGGCGUUCCUUUGUUCGGUGAUCGCGAUUGUUGUUGCGGCUUGUAUCAACUGGCAACUAACUCUCAUCUGCGGAUUCCAAUUCCCGGCGUUCUUCAUUUUCCGUGUAGUACAACUGAAAGAAGGAGCGAAGCGGCAACGCCAAAUGAUUGAAGAGGAAAAGAAGGCUGCAAAUCUGGCCACCGUCGUCUUGAGCAAUAUGUCGACCAUCAAGGCCUACAGUCUGCAGACCCAUUUCUACCACGUCUUCUUGCAAGCACUUGAGCCAGUAUCAAGGGCCAUGAAGAAGCAGUCGAUCAUUAGUGCAUUCGUCUACGCGUGCCAAUAUUCCUUUGCGUUUAUCCUCAUCGCAAUCACAAUGCAUUUCGGAAUUCAAUUCAUCAGAGACGGAAAAGUGACACCCGGAGAUUAUUUGAGAAUCAUGUUGCUCACCCAAUUCGGGGCCAACUUCUUCUCGCAACUGAUUGCUUCAGUUUCGGAUCUGAGCAAGGCCCGCAUUGCAGCGGAGAAUAUUCUGAAUGUGAUAAAGGAAAAGGCUGUGGAUAUGGACAAUCUAUCGGAGGAAGGGCUACGACCCAAACUCGAAGGAUCCAUUCGACUUCAAAACGUCAGCUUCCGAUACCCCAGCCGACCAAUCAUUCCGAUUCUACAAGGCCUUACCUUUAACAUCCCGGCCGGCCAAUCUGCAGCCAUCGUUGGCCCUAGCGGUUCUGGUAAAAGCUCUAUAUUUGGUCUACUUCAACGGAUGUACACUCCAAAUGAGGGCAUUGCCGGCAUCGACAAAUACAACGUUCGAAGCAUCAACCCGGCGUAUCUACGCCGAGUCGUGGUUUCUGUAGGCCAGGAGCCAACGCUGUUCUCAUUCACCAUACGAGAAAAUAUCGCCUAUGGACUUGACGAUCGAGAGGCGCCUAUGACCAAGAUUGUAGAAGCCGCCAAAGUGGCAAAUAUUCAUGAUUUUAUUUCUUCACUCCCACAGGGCUAUGAAACGGAAGUCGGAGAGUUUGGUGCGCAACUUUCUGGGGGUCAGAAGCAAAGGAUCGCGAUUGCUCGAGCUAUUGUUCGUGAUCCGGUCAUUCUUCUACUCGAUGAGGCGACAGCCGCACUUGAUAGUACUUCUGAAAAGCACGUACAAGCCGCACUUGAAAAUCUAUCACGGACAUGUACAUGUGUACAAAUUGCCCAUCGCCUUUCCUCCAUCCAACACGUCGACAAAAUCUUUGUCGUCGUCGAGGGCGCAAUCGUCGAGGAGGGCAACCACGCAGAGCUUAUGGAAACACGCGGGAUUUAUUAUGAAAUGACCCAGAGUAGCUUA